AUGCAGCCACCUCCUGGCUACUCUAUUCCUGAUGACAUGCAUUUCGCCUUCGUGGUGACCUCUGCUGGUUUUGUCCCUAUCGCACAUGACCCUGUGCUCUUUGUCCACACAUCUUCUCGUGGUCAGACUCUCCUUCUUUAUGUCGAUGACAUGAUCAUCACAUGUGACGACCCUGAGUACAUUGACUUUGUCAAGGCCCGUCUUCGUGAUCAGUUUCUUAUGACUGAUCUUGGUCCUCUUCACUACUUUCUUGGGCUUGAGGUUUCCUCUACCUCCGAUGGCUUCUAUAUCUCCCAGGAGAAGUAUAUUCAGGACCUUCUCACUCGUGCCGCUCUUGGUGAUGAGCGCACUGUCGAGACUCCUAUGGAGCUCAAUGCUCGUCUCCGUGCCACUGAUGGUGAUCCUCUUCCGGACCUGACUCUCUAUCAUCACUUGGUUGGGAGCCGUGUCUACCUUGUUGUCACCCGUUCUGAUAUCUCCUACCCGGUCUACAUUCUGAGUUAG